ACAGCACCACCGGGUGAGAGCGAAGGAGACACCGACAGAGACACACAGCACCACCGGGUGAGAGCGAAGGAGACACCGACAGAGACUCACAGCACCACCGGGUGAGAGCGAAGGAGACACCGACAGAGACACACAGAACCACCGGGUGAGAGCGAAGGAGACACCGACAGAGACACACAGAGACUCACCAAACCAAGACUCACCCAACCUUCACCAGACCACUGAUCCACACCUGCAGCCGGGCUGUCACUUUCAAGGCUCUUUCUCUUGGACUCCUCUUUCCUCUCUCUCCCCAUCUGUCGCUCCUGAUCAUGUGGAAGGCUGUGGUGUUGACGUUUGGCCUGUUGGUGGCGCUGGUGGGUAUGGUGCAGGCUGCAGAGGGCCACGCUAACUCUAUCUACGGUGUGAAGCUGUGCGGGAGAGAGUUUAUACGGGCCGUCAUCUUCACCUGCGGAGGAUCGCGUUGGAGGAGAGGAGUGGGCGACGCCGGUGACAUCUCCAUUGACGAGGAGACUGAGGCCUACAGCCCAUGGAGCUCCAACGCCAUCCCCGGCCUCGCCAGCAAGCAGCGUCCAGGAUUGGAGGCUCAGGGCUGGGCAGGCGAGGUCAGGGAGGGGGGCUCUGCCGCUGCUGUGUUCAGUCGUUUGGCCCGCUCGCCCAUCUCAGAGGAAGUGCUAGAGGCGCUGCGCAGUGCGGACAGGAAGGGGCGGGAUGUCGUGGUGGGCCUCUCCAACGCCUGCUGCAAGUGGGGCUGCAGCAAGAGCGAGAUCAGCUCCCUCUGUUGAGCACUACCAACACCUCUCCUUUUCAUCCCUCUGUUGAGCACUACCAACACCUCUCCUUUUCAUCCCUCUGUUGAGCAUCCCUCCCUCCUUCCCUCUAGCCCUCCAUCCCUCCUUCCCUCUAGCCCUCCAUCCCUCUAGCCCUCCAUCCCUCCUUCCCUCCAUCCCUCCUUCCCUCUAGCCCUCCAUCCCUCCUUCCCUCCAUCCCUCCUUCCCUCUAGCCCUCCAUCCGUCCUUCCCUCCACUUUUCCAUCCUUCCAUUCCUCCUGCUUCUUCUCCUUCUCCUGGAACAUUGUGUUGAUCAUUUAGGGUCUCCUGACUGUGAGGGUGUAAAAAGAAAAGGUUACAAGGCAACAUGAGCAAAGACAUUCUUUGACCCUGCAUGUAUUCUCCAACCUAUGUCAGUAUUAUGAGCAGUUUUUGUGUGUUUAGUUACUGAUAUGACAGUCCAAUAAAGUUGUGUUUUGAAAGUG